GCCGACUCCCGCGAAGCGAAAAUUAUUUAAAGACGUGUCGGCGGCCACUUUGCGUCGACUGUCACCUUCCGUGUUCUCCUAGCUGGUGCCGAAGACUCAGACGAGGCGCAAGAAGGCUGGUGAGAGAUGCUUGCAGGAAACUUAAGACCUGCAGUCGUUUCGGUGGCAUCGCUAUCCGCCACGCUCUGGACGAGGAGAGCUGCUGGGAAGGCGAGGGCAAGGUCAAGUGCACACGUAAUCGCGCCCUCAGUUACACAGACACGGAGAUACGCAACGAACACGGCGGCGCGCAAGCUAGAGGAAGAUGUAGCGAAAGAGAGCAACUCGGAGGUGCUGCCUGCUGAAGAGUCGAACUCCAUUGGCCAGCAUGCGCAGACAGAGCAUGCGGUCAUCUCUGCGUUUGACCUGUUCAGCAUAGGAGUUGGGCCGAGCUCGUCGCAUACCGUGGGGCCCAUGCGUGCAGGCAAUAUCUUCGUCAACGACUUGGUUGACUUGGGAUUGCUGGAAAAGGUCAAGACGGUCAAGAUUACUUUGUAUGGCUCGCUGGCUGCUACAGGCAAAGGCCAUCAAACUCCCCAAGCCAUCCUCCUUGGCCUCGAAGGUUCGGAUCCUGAGACCAUUGACACGGGUACCAUCCCCUCGCGGUAUGCAGCCAUUCUCGAGACCAAGAGCCUCACGCUGCUCGGGAGACACCACGUGCACUACGACAUGGACAAGGAUAUGAUCUGGCGCUGGGACCACGUACUCAAAACACACCCGAACGGGAUGCGCUUCUCGGUGUUUGACGAGGAGGGGAACUUGCUCGCGACGAAUGAGUACUUUAGUGUCGGGGGAGGAUUCGUGGUGAAUGACAAGACGAAGGUGGACGAGAACCUGUUCUACAAGGGCGUGAACAAGAGUGCGGUACAUGGCGCGCGUCUGCACCUCACGCAUAGUUUGUCCGAACCGAAUCUAGGCGAGUCCUCUCGAGAACAGGAUCCGUGCCAACCACCAUACCCUUUCACCUCUGGAGAGAGUCUGCUAGCUCUCACACACAAGCACAACAUGACGAUAGCACAGAUCGUGUACGACAACGAGCUUCACUUCGGUUACACCCAUCAUGAGAUCCACGAAAAGCUGACGCGCAUAUGGAGCGUCAUGGACGACUGCAUACGCAUGGGUGUCUCAUCCUCCGAGACGAAACUCCCAGGGCGGCUUCAGCUGCGUCGGCGUGCGCCCAUUCUCUACCGAAGACUCAUGAGAGGGUUUUAUCCAACAUUAGCUUUCCCGAAACAACAGCUCCCAGCCAUCGGAACGGGCUUCUCAGGCGUCUCGGGGCGAAUCGGUACAAUAGAGGGCGAAACACAUCAAGGAAAUGUAGCAGAUAGCGAGGGCGGGUCGAAGAAGUCCGAUACGGGCUCUGCGAGUAAAAAUGGAGAGGGGCUCGCGCAUUCGCGCGCGGCACGGGUCGUGGGCUCGCUCAACCAUGCAGUGUUGCCUAUGCCUCCGCACAAGACGACGAUCCCUGCGGUGGACUUCCUAUCCUGUUAUGCGAUAGCGGUGAAUGAGGUGAAUGCGAGCGGAGGCCGGAUUGUGACGUCGCCUACAAACGGCGCAGCGGGUGUCAUCCCGGCGGUGUUGAAGUAUAUCGUGGAAUUCGUCAGCGACGAUCCAGAGAAGUCGAUUGUGACGUUCUUAUUGACUGCCGCCGCGGUCGGUAUGCUCUUCAAACGAGGAAGCACAAUAUCGGCCGCAGAAGGAGGAUGCCAGGCUGAGGUGGGAGUUGCAUGUUCGAUGGCUAGUGCCGGCUUCGCUGCCUGCAUGGGAGCUUCUCCAGAGACUGUGCUUCAGGCUGCUGAGAUUGGUAUAGAGCACAACUUGGGGUUGACGUGUGACCCCAUCGAUGGUCUUGUGCAAGUUCCCUGCAUCGAGCGUAAUAGCUUGGGAGCUGUAAAAGCGGUGACCGCUGCACAACUUUCGAUGGCUAGCCAGAACGUUUACAGUGUCACGCUUGACGAGGCGAUUGAGGCAAUGCGCCUGACUGCCGCUGACAUGAGUGUGAAAUACAAAGAGACGAGUCUUUCGGGUCUUGCGACAACGGUCAAGAUACCCCUGACUGUACCGGCUUGCUGAGCCGAGCUUUCCUCAUCAUGGCAAGGAUCCAUAUGUGAUAUAAGGGACGAUUGAAUGGUUUCUGGACUUUAGAUAUGUCCUUGCCUGCUUGCAACGCCUGGAAGUUGGUAGAUGAUUUCGAUAGAGCUAGAUUACUUUCUAGAUAUUGUGUUGGGGCUUCACGUAUUUGCAUAGUAGAUCAUUGCUAUCGUAUAGUGAGGAGUUGACGCUCCAAGAUACUACCAUGAGUUGUUCCAUCGAG